AUGCGGCUGAUAGUUGUGGAAGCAGCUGGCGUGGGUUAUGCGGUGUACAUGGGCUCCCUGCGGCUGGCGCAGGCAGUCUCGCCAAGGCUGGUCACGCGCUACCGCGAGAUGACUGCAACAGAGCAGUUGGAAUGGGACGGCAGGCUGCCCUCCACAAUACACGCAUUUGCCAUCACUGCUGCCACACUUUAUCUCUUCCUCCUGUCCCCUGUCUUUGCUGCGGGCGCGGUGGGGGACAGCCCCUUUGUCCUGCGCACCUCGCCGCUAUCAGAUGCGGCGCUGGGUUUCUCUCUAGGGUACUUCUCCACGGACCUGCUGCUGCUAGUGCUGUACUACCCAUCUUUUGGCGGCCCGGAGAUGGCGGUACACCACCUGGCGGCCCUGGCGUCGGGGCAGGCGCACGCCUACACGCUGGCACUGCUGGCCACAGAGUGCACCACGCCCUUUGUGAACCUGCGCUUCCUGCUGGACAAGGGCGGCUGGAGGGACCAUCCCGCCUACACCGUCAACGGUAUGGCGCUGCUCAUCAGCUGGAUUGUGGGCCGCCUCGUGCUCUUCCUGAUAUUCUUCUACCACGUCUUCCACCACUUGGGAGAGUUUCAUUUGAUCACGCCGCUCUCGCGAUGGCUCAUCUACCUCGUUCCGCCCACCCUGUUUGUGCUCAAUGCGUUUUGGUUCACCAAGAUUCUCAAGGGCGCCCUCAAGCUGAUGUUUGGCCCGCACCGCAAGUGGCAAGGUGGCAGCAACAUGGCGGCCACGGCGGCAGCACCAGCAGGUCCCUCGGCAGGGCGCGGGGAAGAAAAAAAGGAGCGCUAA